AUGUUAAAUGUAGUUUUUGCUGAUUACGCUUCAGAUAUAGGAAACGACAAUAAAGAAAAUGCUCAUUAUUCCAGACAGUGGGCAGUUUAUAUUGAAGGAGGAAAAGAGGUAGCCGAUAAAAUUGCUUCCAAACAUGAUUUUAUUAAUUUAGGAAAUAUUUUUGAAGAUUAUUAUCAUUUUGAACAUAAACGACUUCAGAAAAGAUCCCUAAUUCCUCAUACAGAAUUUCAUAAAAAUCUUACUAAUGAAGCUGAGGUAAAAUGGGCACAGCAACAAAUAGUAAAGAAAAGAUCAAAAAGAGAUUUAAUAACAAUUAAAUCUAAAACGAAAUUUGGUGGGCUCAAGUUUAAUGAUGUCGAAUGGCCACAGAUGUGGUAUUUGAAUCGUGGUCAAGGGCUUGAUAUGAAUGUUCUUGGAGCGUGGCAAGAAGGAAUAUCGGGCAAUGGCGUUGUCGUAACAAUUUUAGACGAUGGUUUGGAAAAAAAUCAUCCUGAUUUAGUUGCUAAUUAUGAUCCUGAAGCGAGUUACGAUGUAAAUAGUCACGACAAAGAUCCAAUGCCUAGAUAUGAUCAAGUAGAUUCCAACAGGCAUGGAACUCGUUGUGCUGGAGAAGUAGCGGCUGUUGCCAAUAAUUCAUUAUGCUCAAUAGGAGUAGCAUUUGGUGCUAGUGUGGGAGGAGUUAGAAUGCUUGAUGGUGAUGUGACAGACGCUGUAGAAGCUAGAUCUCUUAGUCUGAACCCGCAACAUAUAGAUAUAUAUAGUGCUUCAUGGGGUCCCGACGAUGAUGGUAAAACAGUGGAUGGGCCUGGAGAAUUAGCCACUAGAGCUUUUAUCGAAGGAGUCACAAAAGGUCGCCAAGGCAAAGGUUCUAUAUUUGUUUGGGCAUCGGGAAAUGGAGGUCGAGAAAAUGACAAUUGUAACUGCGAUGGGUAUACUAAUGCUAUUUGGACUCUUUCCAUCAGUAGUGCGACGGAAAAUGGUUUGGUUCCUUGGUAUUCAGAAGCUUGCAGUUCUACGUUGGCCACAACUUAUAGCUCUGGAUCAAUCUCGGAAAAACAGAUAGUCACGACUGAUCUUCGUCAUAAGUGUACGAACGGGCACACGGGAACUUCCGCAUCUGCACCUUUAGCGGCUGGAAUCUGCGCUUUAGCUUUGGAGGCGAAUAAAGAUUUAACAUGGCGCGACAUGCAACAUAUAGUGGUUAGAACAGCCAGGCCAGCUAAUUUAAAAUCUUCUGAUUGGAAGGUGAAUGGUGUCGGCAGAAACGUGAGCCAUGCUUUUGGAUAUGGACUUAUGGAUGCUACAGCUAUGGUCAAAUUGGCAAGGACUUGGAAAACCGUACCCGAACAACAACGAUGUGAAGUUUCGGCUCCCCAUGUUGACAAAAUGAUUCCUCCGCGAAGCAAAGUAAUAUUGGAUCUCAACGUGACCACAUGUCCAGGAGUUAAUUUUUUAGAACACGUUCAAGCAAAAAUUUCUCUUUCUUCUCCUCGUCGUGGAGAUUUGCAAAUUUAUUUAACGUCACCGUCUGGAACGAAAUCUACUUUAUUAGCAAAAAGGCCUCACGACAGUUCUCGUAGUCCAUUUACUGCGUGGCCGUUUAUGAGUGUUCACACGUGGGGAGAAAUGCCAUUCGGCGUUUGGCAGUUAGAAAUACAUAAUGAAGGAAGAUAUUUAGGUCGUGCAAAUUUACAGGAAUGGUCAUUAUUGUUUUAUGGAACGACUCGAAUUCCUUUUGAGAUUCCAUAUCAAAGGACAUCUCAACCUUCAUCAUCUAAAUAUAAAUCUUCCCUUUCUCGUACAAAUACGUUUUAUUUAAAUUCUAAAAUAAAUAAAACGGGAGCUCACGGUUCUUCUCAUUAUUUUAAUAGGAAAAAUUAUAAAAAUAUUAAAAACAAAUCUUCGACAACGUUUCGUACGGAUAAAUCAAGUUCAAUCGGGAAUGGGGAAAACGUUAAAAUAUUACCAACUAUAUCUUACAGAAAUUUAAAAACUACAAAAAAAUAUUGGAAUUUAAACGGUCAUAAAAAUAAUAAUUCGACAAAAGGUUUUUCCAAAACGAUAUUGACUCCCUUAUCGACUCAUAGUUUGCCUUUAACAAUCGUUUUAGAACCUGGCGGCGAAUCAUACAGUCGCCAAAGAGUGCCUGAUGUAUUUCAAAAAUAUCCAAAAAUCCAACAAUUAUUUCCCCUUUAUGUAAAUACGAUUCCAAAAACAAAGGCCAUGCAGCUUUGCAAAAAGCAGAAAGGCAAAAUCGAUUUGAUACUUCUUUGUCUAGAACGAGCACAGAAGGAAAAAUAA